AUGGGGGUAGCAGGUCUGCAUGCGGCUGUCCUUUUCCUUCUUCUUCACCUGGGAGUGUCCCACACGACUGACGAUGGGGAGCCACCGGGGGGACCCACCACCUACUCCCUCGAUUUUAACAAUAAGCAAAGAUACAUAGUUCGCAGGGAGGCGGGGUCUCCCUACCGAAGUUUCUUCCUCUACAUCGAGGAGAUUCAAAAAACAUCCGUCGUUUACCCCCUCAGAUAUGUGAACGACCCCCCGAUUAAAUACUUCGAUCAAAUUGUCCCGUACACGCGGAGGGAAAUAAAGAGGAAAAAUCUAAAGCACUUUUGUGAAGAGAAAAAAAAGUUUUAUGAGAAUGAGGAGAGUCGGGAAAUCUGCUUCUGCUGCUACUGCAGUCCCCACCCCGUUUUCCCUCUCUACUCGGGAUUGAAGUACCGGAGGCAGAAGAUCCUUUGUGGCAGGCGGGUGACGGACGGGGAGGAGACAGUCCUCCUUACCCUAAAGUGCUUAAAGAAGAGCAGAAGAAAGUACCACGCCUUUUUCGUCCAGAGGGGUUUAAACUCCUUCACGCUUAACGUUACGUUGCAGGAAUUCAAUCUGAAUGACGAGUUUUUUCUAAGUAGAAAUGACAAGUCGGCCCUGGAGAGAAAGACCUACGUGCUGGACCCCUCGAACAAUGAAAUUGAUGACGAGGUAUUCAAUGUGCGACUGAAGUUCCUCCCGGAGAGGACGCACCGAGGAGAUUCCAUUGAGGGGAACUACCUUUUCCUUGAUUCCGACGUGUUUAAAAGGAGGGUAGUGUUGGAUGACUCCUUCACAGACGAGGAGGUGCUGGAGAAUGGCCUCAUCGUGAGCGCGGAUCACGUGGACGAGAAAGGCAUCGAGUGCAACAAAAUCACGGCAUACCCAACGGUGUGGGAAGAGAAAAAGGGGUUCUGUCAGUAUGGAAAGAAUCACUGCCUCAAGGGGCAGCUGGCCCACUUCGUCCACUUGGAGGGGAAGCUAGACGGGAAGAAGCGGUUGCGGAAUAACUACUCCUUUUUCAUGACAAGGAAGACCCUCUUGGGGGGGCGUGCCACUGCCGAUUGGAGUAGAGGUGAGGGUGACGGGGAUGGAGAAGAGCAGAAUCCCGAAAGUGUCGCAAACCAGGCGAGUAAUUCCAAUCACGCAAGUGAUGCCAAUCACACGAGCGCUGCCAACGCCGCUACCCCGCCGCGGCACCUCGAGGAGGACUACCACAUGGGCCUGCAAAAGCGCGGACACAACUUUGCGGAGAUAACAUCGUACGGCGGGGAGAGCCUAAAGAUAACGCACGAGGAAGACGUCCUGGGAGAGUCCGUGUCCCUUGUACACAUGUUGAGCAAUUGCUACGAUUUUAGAAACCAAAUCGAUCAGUCCUGUUCGGUAUACAUAAGCAUAUGGAAUGCAGAGGACGUGGAGAAGGAGGUGAAGGUUUCGAUUCAGUGCUCCAAGAGGAUAGUAGCUGAUGAGAGUACACUCAGGAGGACAGUUAUCUUAGCGGAGAAGGGGGAGAGCAGUGUGGUAAUAACGUUUAGACCAAUCGUCGACUUGCUCGUCACCCCCUGCAGAGUGGUGGUGCAGCGAGAGAAGAAGCAGCAGCAACAGAAGAAGCAACAGCAACAGAAGAAGCAACAGCAACAGAAGAAGCAAGAGCAGCAGAAGGGGAAUAUCCGGGGGGAGUCCCCGCCCAGCCCCACCGCCGGGGGGGUUAGCCAUAAGGAUGCAAAUAAAGACAGGGGAGACACGGGCGAACCGAUCGAAGCGAACGUAGCGAACCAACCGGACGAACCAAUCGAGCAGUACUUCACGUUUUCCCUUGGGAGCCGCGGGGAAAAGGAAGGAGAAACACUAGAGAGGAUCCUCUGGGACAGACCCCUCCAGUUCGACGACGUCCCUGAGGCUAUUAUCCAACUGCACCGAAAAAGGCUUCAGCUCCUCGAAGAAGAAGAAGUAGAAGAAGAAGACGAUGAUACAACUGGAAGAGGAGUCCUAAUGGAAUACACAGGGAGAGUUGCAAAUCACUUCAGCCGUUAUCCAAUAAGUGUCAAAUUUUUUUUUCUCCUCCUCUGCAUCAUCCUUGUCGUUAUCUUUGUCGUCCCAAGCGUGCACCCACUGAAUGGGUUCUUACUUAAAAGGCAAUGGUUCUACACGUUGCGGAAGAUUCGCAUUCUAGCCAUUUGGACAAUACAAGACGCGUGUCGCUUUGUCCAUCGGACAGUAAAACGGACCAUUAAAUUGUUUAAGUUUCUGCUCGUGAAGGUAUGGAGGCUUGUCUCCAGAAGGAGACGUAAGAGAAGGAAAGAACAGGAACUCAUCGGAGAAGCGCACCUGCACAAACAGAUCCGAAGGAGAAAGAAGGAUGAAAAAAAGAGGAAUAAAAAGAUAAAGGGGGAGAAGCUGAAGAAGGAACAGGAGGAGCUGCGGAGAAGAAGGCAAAAAAGGCUGAUGCUUCACGAGGCAAAAUGUAAGGGGGAGGUGCGUCGGGAGAAGGGGGAGCGCCGACAAAGGGACCCAAUUGGGGGAGACCACCACGGGAGGAGAGGCCAAUCCAAGAGGGGACAUUCCUCCUCCGCAUCGUCUGUCCCUUCCUCUGCCCCGUCUCCCUCUUCCUCCAGCACCCCCUCCCGUUGUCCUAAGCCCAACGCAGCACGGGGGAAGAAAACUCACAGAACAGGUCAUGCAAGUAAAAGGGGAGAAGGGGAAAAGAAACAAAAGGAAACACAUAGGGUAAAACCCAGCGUAGUUACUCCGACCAGUAGUGAACAGAAGGCGAGGCGUCACCACGAGGGGGACACAAAGGGGGCGAUCCGAUAA